AUAGCCGCCAAAUUAAAAAAAAAAUAACAAAAAAUAUAACUUUUUCUUAUAAUUCCAUAUUACUACUCGUUCCUGAACAUUUUCUGAAGUAAUAAAUACCAACAUGUGGCUUCGUUUUGUACUAAUUUUAUUUAUUCAAUUCAAUUAUCUAACUAGCGUGGAAUAUAACUUUAAAAAUGAACCCUUGGAGAUUAUGGAUAUAUUUUUAGAGAAUUUGAAAGAAGAUCCUUUUUUGCAAGAUAAUCAGCUUUCGAACAGCUCUAAAAUAUUUAUUGAUACUAAACUUGAAAAAAUAUAUUCUCUAAUUCUUCAAGAACAAAAGGCUGUAUACUCAAGAAAAAAAAGAAGUAUCAAAGAUGAUAAUGUAACACAAUUUUCAAUACGCAUUGCCCUUCAUGAACAAAUUCCUACUAAAGAUUCGGAUGAUGUGAGGUUUUUUGAACAUAAUUCUUAUAAGUUAGCAGCCUCGUUGCAACAAAAAAAUGAAUUGGUAUUUUUCGGAUAUCGGGAGGAGGGCGGAAGCGAUGGAAUUGAUAGUUUAAGAACUUAUAAUAUAAAAUAUUCUACCAAUUUAGGAAUAUUGUCUUUGGAUGAUUAUUCUGUUCUCGUGGUAGUAGGAGACAAUACUGAGAUCGAAAUAUUACGGUACAUCCCAAGAAAUAACAAAAUUUAUAAAAUCGAAAAUAUAAGGAUCAAAAACGCAAAGCACAUUCAUAUAUGGUUGCAAGAUCACAUUCCUUAUCUAUCUGUUGUACAUACUCCCGAUUCUACAAAAGCAAUAGGUGAAAAAUCUGUGUUAAAAAUAUACAAAUGGUUGGGAAAACAUUUUGAUUCCAUACAAAACUUGGAACUAUACAAUAUAAAUAAAAUAACACAGUUUUCAAUUCAUGGAGCAUCAUUUUUGGUUGCUGUAAAACGUAGACCAAUUGAAGAUGAAAUUAAAUCCUUUUCUGAUGUAUUUAAAUACGAUAUUCACGAGAAGAAAUUUAAGAUUUACCAGCGAUUACUAACUGAAUGUUGUAUGGAUAUAAAAUAUUUUAAUACAAAAAUUCAUAAUGAGGAAAACCAUUUUUUGAUAACAACUUCGUCUUUAUAUUCAGAUCGUAAUAACUUAAAAAAUAUCACAAAAUCUGUGAUUUAUAAGUACGAUGAUCAAUAUUUCAUUCCAUUUCAAAGUGUCGAUAGUGAAGUUACGGAAUGGCAGCCAUUCAAGGAUACACAGGGACAUGCUGCUUUAAUAGGAGUAUCGCCUAAUGGUCUAAAAGGAGUCCAGUAUGAUGGUUGGCAAUUUUUUAUGGAUGAUAUAACAAUAGAUGAGUCUCUGUCUCGUCAACUAAAUGAUAUUAAAAAACUCCACGUGUUUAGUAAUGGCACAGGUCAAUUUUUAGUCACGGUAUGUGGUCAUUGCAAGAACACCUCGUAUAUAUACUCAGUAUCAUUUAAUCAUUCGAAUCCAAUGAGGGAAUUACAUAAAGAUAUGCUUAUUUGGUGCAAGGACCAAUUAAAUGAAAUACAGUCUAGAGGGGAAUCAGAAUUUGUUGCUGAGUCUUUGAGAGGAGAUCUCACUGAGAGAAUAUCACCAGUCCAAGAGGAUACUAGGCUUGCUAGUGCCCUUAACGAACUACAUAACGACAUUAAUACUUUACAAACUUCACUAACCGAAUCUUAUAGAAACAAAGAAUAUAUUCUUGAAGAUGAUAUUAGUGCAGAUACAAUAAUUUUUAACAACAGUACUUUUAUAGAUUCACUAAAGACAAUAUACUUGAACAACAUUACAGUUGAUAGUUUACUAGAUAAUGUUUUAAAUAUUGAAGAUGGUUUUCAUAUAGAGGAAGAUUUACUGAUGAAAUUUGACAUUGUCAAUUUACAAAACCCCGUUCAUCCAGAAACAAUAAAUGAUAUAAGACUGGAAGACUAUACUGACAUAACUAAAGAUCUGUCUGUAAAAAAUAUGAUAAUAAAUGAAAGUGUAGUAUUCAAAAAAGGUGUCAAUAUAACUGACACUAUCAACGAUGUUAGUGUAGAUAACAAUACUAUUUUAUUAAACAAUAUUGAUCAAAUAUUUUUAUAUGAUCUCAACCUAACUGACAUAGAGGUUUUGAACAUAACAACUAAAUUCCUAAAUGGUUUGGAUUUAAAUAUUUCUUCAAACCACGAUGUAAUACGCCAAAUAGACACUUUGAUGGUCAAAGAUCUGGAAAUUCAUGGAUAUUUGAACAAUGUUAGCGUGCCAGUGUUAUAUAAAAAGGCUUUAAAGAAGUUUGGAACAGACCAGGAAUUAUCUGAGGAUUUAUCAAUUGAUUUUUUGAAUGUAGAAAAUUUGGUAGUCGGAGGAAAAAUAUCUGAGAAAAAUAUUUUAAAAGAUUUUGUUUUGAUUAAUGACGAAGAAUACACAGUGGGCCAAAAUGUAUAUUUUGAAAAAGGACUGACAGUGAACAAGCUGGAGGUUCUCAAUUCUUUACAAAAUAUCACAGUUCUAAAAGACACUGGCGAUCUAGAUGUUCUCCUCAAAAACUCCUCCAACGUUCAGCUGGUUACGUCGAAAAAAACCUUCGAAAUGUUGUCACUCCUCAACCCGAUGACUUUGAGGCACAAAAUUAGGAACAAGCGAAUCCAGGACAUGAAUCCAGUUAGUUUGGAUGGUAGGCCGUACGAAAUAGAUGGCGAUGUUAUAGUCGAAGGCCAACUUGAUGUAAAAAAAUGGCUCAAAGUAGAAAAUAUUGAAGAAAAACAAGGAAUGAACCUGAAAAAUGUUUUGAAUAAUGGUGCAAAGUUGACAGAUACCAGUAUAGUCCCAUAUCUCACUUUCAACUAUUCUUUGGACAUGAUCGACACUUACGCUGACAAAAUCAACGGUUUUGAUCCACACAAUUGGCUGCUAAAAAAAUCAGAUUCUUCUCAAACUAUAACUGGUAAAAAAAUAUUUUUAAACCAUAUUAAUAUCACUGGCAACGUUGAUGCAUUAAAGAUAAACGAUGUAGAUGUACAGGCUUUACAGAAAGAAUCUUUAAAUGUUAAUUUUGACCAAGAUAUAGAGGGAAUAUGGAAUGUAGAAUACCUAGAAGCAGAAGGAUUAAAAAGCACAAAUACGUAUUUUGGAUCGAGUUUAUGGAACGAGACCACUCUGUUUAAGCAAAACCAAAACUUCCAAAAAACUGAAGUAGUUAAUGGAUCAUACUCACUCAAUUUUACUAAAGCUAGAAACAUCGAAUUGCAUGGUUUACUAAAUUCGUUAAAAAUAACUGAAAUCAUUAAAAAUCUAGUCAAAAAAGGCACCAAAUUUAACAUCCAUGGCCAAAAAUUCUUUAAAGAAAUACAUGUCGGAGAACUGAAUAUUAAUAACGAUACUUGUGAUCUAAAGAGAUUUUUUGAAACUGUCAAUAAAGGUAUCUUUACAAUAGAAGAUAAUUUAGAAUUAUUCGAAAAUACAAGCGUUAAAAAUGUUAAUUUUAUCCAAACAUUGAAUAAUCUCACAGUAAAAGACUUUGAAAAUGUUAUGAACAAUAAUAUUAACAAAGUAGAAGAUUUUAUUGCUCACAAACAUGGAAUAUAUAACGAAAUAGUAGUUUUGGGAGAUGUUUACAUUAAUGAUAACAAAAUUAGUGGUAAAUCUCUGGACUCUAUCGCAAACGACACUGUUAAAACCGACGAAGAUCAUCAUUUCCAAAAUGCUGAAAUUGAUGAAAGUAUUUUGGUGGAAGACACUCUGUUUUUAGAAGGAGAUAUAGAAAAUUUAGAUUUGUAUAAUAUGGUGAUUCAGAAUCUCGAUAAACCUUUGGAGAUCUCUGACAAAACUUUUUAUAGAAAUGUAAUUGUGAAUGGCUCCUUGAAUCUGAAGAAUACAUUGAAUGGGGUUGAUUUAGAAAAGUAUUGUCGUUUUAGUGAAGAUUCUCAAUUAAAAAGUUUAAAAAUUGAAGGAAAUGCUAUAUUUUCUAAAGGCCCUAUACUACAACGAUUCAACGACAUCGGUCUCAAUUCUUUACUGGAAAACGUAUGGUUUAGUGAUAAAUUUGUGAACAUAACUGGAACAGUUCGUUCGCACAACGCUACUUUCAAAAAAGAACUGUAUGUUAAGGAAUAUAUCGAUGGGAUCAACUUAAAACUGCUUUCUCAAAACUAUCUAAGCAAAACGAAAGUUCAAACAAUUUCGUCAAAUUUAUCUUUUGAAAAUGUCACUUUUUUGAAUAUAUCCGCUAGUCGUAUGGAAACUGACGGACCAGUCAACGGAGUGAAUAUAGACCAACUACUCAAAACAAUUCUGCUGCAGAAUGUUACACAAACUUUUGAUAGUCUGGUAUAUUUCGAAGAUGUACUAGUAAAAGAUUUAGAACAGGAUAGUCCAUAUCUAGUCAACGAUCUGGAUUUGACAAGGGAUGUAAUGAUGUAUGACAGAAAUAAUAUAGUAACAGGCGAGAAAAACAUUAACAAUUUGAAAAUCGACAAUCUGAAGAUCAGUAACGAUUCGUACGUUCAGAAUGUGAAGAUUUUGGACUGGUUAGAGAACGCCAUUUUGAAAAACGGCAGUCUCAGAGUUCCAGCGAAGAAAGUAUUUAAUAGAGCUACGUUCCAGAAAAAUUUAAGUUUGAGAGGCGUUCUAAACGAUAAUCAGUUUAACGAAAAUACAGUAAUGUUAUUUGACCGACCUCAGAAUAUUAAAGGAAAAAAAUGUUUUUCUCCUCCAAUUAAAGAAGGUGUAAGAUUCAAAAAUUUGAAAAUAAAAGGAUUAGUAAAUGAUGUAGAUUUACAAGACCUAGUAAAUAAUCAUGCAAACAAAAACAAGAAUAAUAAAAUAAACUCAAGGGUUACGUUUAAUAAUAACAUUACGGUUGAGAAUAUUAAUGUGGAUGUCAUGUACGAUAACGUGAACGUUACUGAAUUAUUAUCGAAUAUUUCCCAGUUUGGUGCUGCGGAAAAAUUUAGGGAAGAUUUUGGAAAUCUAUUAGAAACUGGAAUACAAAUCGAAAAUUCUGUACGAAAUCAGAACGGCUUUUUUAAAUAUUUUAAAGAAAUCAUGUACCUGAAUAACGUUGACAGAGUGUUUGGAAUCCGCUGUAUGGAUGAAGUACUAAGAUUAGUAGUUUUCUCGUUCGCUAAUGGUACUAAUUACAUGAAGAUCUACGAAUGGGACAAUAAGAAAACUGAAUUUUUCGAAAAAGUUGUACUUAUUGAAUCAUAUGAAAAUCCAAGCUUUGUUGAACAUGUAUCUUUGAACGGGAUUGAUUAUCUUUAUAUAGAAUCUGAUUCUAUAGUCGACGAACAACUUGGAAAUGGUAAACUUAUACAAUUUUGGAACGCUACAACAGUGACAAUUGCUGCCACAUUUAAUAAAAAUACCAAUUCUCUAAUAUCAUUCACGCUGCCGAAAACAAAACAGCCAUGUUUAGGUUUUAUUUCCAAGGAUCUCAUUGGGAUGGAAAUAUUGUGUGAUGAAAGUGGAUAUCACGCCUACUACUUAUAUAAAAAGUUAAAUUAUCCUGGUGUAUACAAAGCUGCCAGUAUAGAAACUGAAAAUUCAUUGUUUUUGAUCUUGGCAAGGCAUAAAUUACAGACUACGGAUCCCUCUAUUGUUGUUUUGGAAAGUUCAAGUGAAAAUGAUGAUUUCGUGGAAAUACAAACUAUUUUUGAGGGAGCUGAAACCAACAGUUUGGCCACCGCCAUAAUAGAUGGGGUACCAUUUGUAGCAUUUUCGAUCAUUUCAAAUGAAGGCACAGUUAACGUUGGUAGAAUAUCAGUUAAAAGGUUGGACACCGCUUCAAGACAAUUUAGAGAAUGGCAACAUAUUCCAUUAACAUCUCCCUUAGAUGUCCAUUUUAUAGGUGGAGUGUCCUUUGAACCAUUAUUGUUGGCUUCUUCUGGUGACUCUAAUAUACCUUGUCCAACAUUUAGAUAUGAAGGAUUGGGAGGUUUCAAAAUGAUACUAAGAGGUGUAGCUUUACCUACCAACUCAGUACUACGCGUUUCGUCCAAUGAAAACAUAGUUUUUGUGAUCGAACCCCAAAAAAGGGCUAUGACGAUUUUAGGAGCUAUAGUCAAAGGUAAUGCAAGGGUUUAAAAAAUAUUGUAUAUAUCACACGUCUUAUUAAGUGUAUGUUUGUAUUUAUCAUUUUGUUUAUGUUAAUGUUUAUAUGAAAUAAAUAUAUUUUUGUUUGAAAAAA